UCAGACUUAAAGACCGGAUUGGCUAUGUGAGGAGUUCAAUUUAACUUCACAACAGCUGCUGCCUCAAGGCAGUAAUAUAAUAAAUAGGUUAAUUUACAGCAUUCAGAGAUAUUAGCAUGUUUCAUGAACUUUCUUUAUUUUUUUUUAAAUCAGGGCUUAAAAACGGAUUCUGACGGCUUGUACACUAAGGGCUCAGGUAUGUUCAGGUGUGUCUAUCAGGGUGGCAAGUAACGGCCUGUUUGAAGAGAAUUUACAGACCUUAAGCCCUAAGACCUGCUCAGAGCUGUGGUGAAGCAGGAUGUCCAAUCAUCAGUCUCAGCUUCAGGUGGGGAUGUCAGGUGGUUCCUCCACCACAGUCAGAGUAUGAGUGAGAAACCCGUUAGAAGACCACAGGGGUUAGACAACUCUGUGAUGACAUCACAGAGUCAAUAAGGUAUUUGAAGUUGGAUCUCUAAGAUUAGAGUGAUGAUGAUAAUGAUGGGUUUCUUCUUUCAGAUCCUCAGUGGGAAGAAGAUGGAGCUUCUUCCUGGAGACCGUGACAAUCUGGCGAUCCAGACUCGAGGAGGACCGGAGAAGCAUGAAGUGACCGGCUGGGUGCUGAUCUCGCCUCUGACCAAAGAAGAAGAAGGAUUGUACGAGUGUCACGCCACAAACACCAAAGGAGAAGCUUCAGCAGUUGGAGCAAUUCAUGUGGUUGAGUCCAUCGAUGAGCUCACUGCCAGGAAAGGUAACAUCUAAAAUUACCUUAUGAAACAUCCCCCAUGGUCAUCACUGACCUUGGUCUCUGGAGGAUUUACCUCAGCCUUUGUCAGCCUUUCAAAAACACCAUCAGACUCAGCUCAGUUUUUCAGGCGUAGAUUCUUCCACUUCUUCCAUAACUAUAAACUGUUAAAUGAAGAAAAAUGUUUCUAGUCCAAGAAGCAGACUUAUCCAUGUCAGUGAAACACGCUUUAGGGCGGCAGUGGAAUCAGAGCUCCUGUUACUGAAACUUUUAAAAUGAUAAAUAAAACAU